AUGGCCAUCGCCGGUACGAGACUCAUGUGUGGCCCACUUCCUCCGCUCAUCGGAAAAGUAGAUAACCACUCGCCACUAUCCGUUGCUACUUCCGCUAACAGACUUCUUCUUCCUCUUCAGAAGGAUUCAAGGAAAUUUGAAGGCCUUUCUCAACAUUUGUGCCAUCUAAGGUGUUGGAAGGUUUUUUUGGUUCACUUUGUCGACGAACCUCCACAGCUCCUCCCCAAAUCAACUGAGGUGAAGAUUGAGGAAGGACAAAAAUUACAGGCUCAAAAAUCCUUUUCGGUUUCACGAAGAGAUGCGAUGCUAGUUUUGGCUGCUCAGACUUUUAGUGCAAUCACUUUCUGGUCAAUAGAACCCGCGGAGGCUCGUAUUAGUAGAUCUGAAACCAAGAGGAAGAUCUUGGAGAAGCUGGAGCAACUUAGGGAAAAAGCUGGGAUUUCAAAGCCAAAAGAUGACAGCGAGAAAAUUCCAUCUCCACAACCACCUUCAGGAAAGGAUGGAAACCUUCAAGCUUCGUAGUCAUCUCGGAGUUCCCCAAAGAACCCAGUUGGAAGUCUGGUGGAAGUACCCAUCCUUUAAAUUCCAUUUCAUGAUCUUUCGAAUGUGAGCCCUAUGCCUUUUAAUUUAAGAUCGCUGUAAUGUAUUGUCAUUUUCUAACCAUGAAAUAGAAGCAUACACAUUCAUGGUUUCUGUUGGUUGAGUAUCUAUUAAGAUGGGAAAAUCCAGAGGUUUGGACUAUUCAUUCUUGUUGAACCAACUCUUAGAAUUGUGAUUCAGAGUCUGCCAUGGCAAUUAGGACAUUAUUCCAAGUCAAGAAUGCACGUC